UUAAAAUCCGCACCGGUUCGUAUCCUCAUAAAUAUCCUGAAGUCAUCGGUUCCGGCAAAUAAGAGAGUUCAGAUAAGAUGUACAGCAGCAAGGCCGCGGAGAGUACAAUCCCGGCGGCGGAGUCGGCGGCUGCGAUUCUGUUCAAAGCGGCUCCGCUGGCAGUAGGGGCUUCGGCGGGAGAGCCGGCGGGAGUACCAGCAGGCUCAGCGUCAUUCUUACCUCUUCCUGCUUCUCUUUUCGAUCGGCUGCAGAUGGAAUCCGCCGAUCUCUUUGCCCGGCCUCUUCGACUUGCUCCCUCUCCCAUAUACGCCGUUCGUCCACCCUUCUCCUCUUUGAUUUUCAUUGAGCAAUACCAUUUUGGUUCAGGUUUGCUUUAGGUCUACUCCAUCAAAAGAAAAAUGGUACUUGGACAGCGGGUAUUCAAGACAUAUGACGGUAGAUAGAACAAAGUUCAUUACCCUUACUCAAAAAGAUGGAGGAUAUGUAACAUUCGGUGACAACGCAAAAGACAAAAUUGUCGGAAUUCGUAAGAUAGGUAAAGAACCUUGACUCACCAUUGAAGAUAUAUUAUCAGUUAAUGGUCUAAAGUACAAUCUUUUAAGUAUAGGUCAACUUAGUGACAAAGGUCUUGACAUAAUUUUUAAGAAAGACAAGUGUACAGUUCAAAAUCCUAGAAAUCAUGAAAUCCUUUUUACAGCUUAUAGAAUGAACAUUGUGUAUUUUAUAAACCUUGAUAGCCUAAUUUCUCAAGAUGUAACAUGCUUGGCCGCCAUAAGUUAAAAUAGUUGGCUUUGACAUAGAAGAUUAGGACAUGCAAGCAUGGACCUUCUAUCAAAACUAGCUAAGAAGAAUUUAGUCAAAGGGUUACCUAAUACAAAGUUUAUUAAGGAUAAAUUUGUGAUGCUUGCCAAUUUGGAAAACAAAUCAAGACAAGCUUUAAAAAGAAGAAACACAUAUCAACUAGUAGACCCCUAGAACUUAUAUACUUGGAUUUGUUUGGUCCUACUAGAACUUAAAGUUUAGGAGGAAAGCAAUAUGCCUUCAUAAUAGUUGAUGACUAUUUUAGGUUUACUCAGGUAUUAUUUUUAGCCAACAAAGAUGAAUCUAGUAACUUGUUAAUAAAUCUAUGCAAGAAACUCCAAAAUGAGAAAGGAUACAAUGUUUCAAACAUAAGAAGUGAUCAAUAAAGAGAGUUAAAAAAUAAAGAUGUUGAAAAAUUCUAUAAUGAUUAUGGAAUUAGUCAUAAUUUCUCAGCACCUAGAACUCCACAAUAAAAUGGAGUUGUUAAAAUAAAAAAUAGAGCCCUUCAAGAAAUGGUUAGAACAAUACUAAAUGAAAAUAAUUUACCUAAGUAUUUUUGGGCUGAAGUUGUUAAUACUGCUUGUUAUGUAAUAAAUAGAGUUUCCAUUAGAUCAAACCUAAACAAAACACCUUAUGAAUUAUGGAAAGAAAGGAGGCCUAAUAUAGCUUACUUUCAUGUUUUUGAAUGUAAGUGUGUUGUACUUAAUAACAAAGAUGACUUAGGGAAAUUUGAUGCCAAGUCGAACGAAGGUAUUUUCCUAGGAUAUGUUGCAAAUAGUAAGACUUAUAGGAUCUAUAACAAGAGAACAAUAACAAUCAUUGAAUCAAUUCAUGUAACUUUUGAUGAAUUAAAUUCCUUUGUAAAAGAAAUCAAAAAUAAAGAAAAAUAUGGUAUUUCACAAAAAGAAGAUCUAGAAAUUACGAAAGAAAAAGAAGAAAACAAUGAAGAAACUUCAAAAUAUAAUCUUAUAGAAAAUCAUGAAUUACCAAAAG